AGAGCAGGUUGUUGCGUUUUGGCUCUAAAGCCUGGAGACCUCCGAAGUGCUCGUCAGUUUUCGAAGUAGGAGCCAUGGCGACAACAGCUCAGUAUAUUCCGAGGAAUAACUCCUUACCGUCUAACCCGCUCAUGCAUCCGGAUUCGGAUAGGAUGCACCAGGGGACGACCUACAGAGAGGUGCAGAAAAUGAUGCACCACGAGUACUUGCAAGGGCUUGCGGCUACCAACACGGGACACCCGAUGAGCCUGACGCACCACCAGUGGCUGCCCACCUCCAACACCGACUGGUCCAGCGGCACCCACAUCGGACAGCAGGAGCACAAAGCCAGCGUGCAGGCGAGCCGGGAGGACCUGAGCAGCGGCUUCCACCACAGAUCUCACCUGGUGCACCAGCAGACGCAGAGUGGCCACCAUGGUUCGUGGGCGCCCACCACGACGCACCACUUAUCCCCGCUGUCCCCAGCAUCCAACGGCCACCAGUCCCUGGUCUACUCCCAGCCCGGAUACACAAACCUCAACGCAAUGUUGAGUCCCCAGCCCGGCUCCCUGCACCACGGUAUGCGGGACCCACUCCACGACGACUCGGGCAGCCACGACAACCAGAUGGAGUCGCCUCAGCAGGCGUUCAGUCACCACCAGGACCACUCGGACGAGGACGCGCCCAGCUCCGACGACCUGGAGCAGUUCGCCAAGCAGUUCAAGCAGCGGCGGAUCAAACUGGGCUUUACACAGGCGGACGUGGGCUUGGCCUUGGGCACCCUGUAUGGAAACGUCUUUUCUCAGACCACUAUCUGCAGGUUUGAGGCGCUGCAGCUCAGCUUCAAGAACAUGUGCAAACUUAAGCCGCUCCUAAACAAGUGGCUGGAGGAGACAGACUCAAACACUGGCAGUCCCACCAAUUUGGACAAGAUUGCUGCGCAGGGCAGGAAACGAAAGAAGAGGACCUCCAUUGAAGUGGGGGUGAAAGGGGCGCUGGAAAAUCAUUUCUUAAAAUGCCCAAAGCCAUCUGCUCAUGAAAUCAGCACUUUAGCCGGCACUCUGCAGUUGGAAAAAGAGGUUGUCCGUGUUUGGUUUUGCAACAGAAGACAAAAAGAGAAAAGAAUGACACCAGUGGGGGUCCCUCACCCGAAUAUGGAGGACGUAUAUUCCCAAGCAGAGACCCCUCCUCUACACCGCACACUACAGAGUCCUGUGCAGUGACUGUUUUCAUGAACAAUCCGAGCAUUUCCGCGGGGGGAUAGAAAAAAAAAGAAAGGGACUAUGGAGUUUACAGUAUUUAAGUUUGGCUUUUGUUUUCCAGAGAGAAAAGAGACAUGGAAAAGUUGAACAGAUGAGUUUUGCCCUUAGUAUUCGGAGAUCGUCAUGUCCAACAAAUAGAUGGCAAGAGGGAAAAUGUUAAGAAAAAAAAAGAAAAAGAAGAAAAAAAAAUUCGCUAUUACUGAUUCCGUGCGCAUUUAAAGUGAAACAAAGAUCUUUAUUUACCAAAAUUAUAUGGAGGAGACAUGCAUAUAAAGUAAAUUUGAUAUCCCAUGGCUGAUUCAAAUGGGGAGUAAUUAAAUGUGUCAACUGAGGCCAUCUCCUCCUGGUGUACAAUGAACUGUUGGCGCUCACCAGAAUGAGGUGGUUGCCUGAAUAUGAUCAACACUGGAGAUGAAUAGCCUACAACUGAAUGAACAUUUUUGCUUUUUCAGGCUUAAACUGAUUAACCAGAUUUCUGAAUAUUAGUGUAUACUUUCUUUGUUAUAUUAAGUGUGAUGUUUUGGUUUGGAAAUAUUUGAACUUCAGUCUCUUUCUCUCUCUCUCUCUCUCUCUCUCUCUCUCCCUCCCUCCCUCCCUUCCUCCCUCUCUCUCUCUCUCUCUCUCUUUCUCUCGCUCUCUCUCUGUGCAGACUGUCUAUUAUUUCUGUCAUUAUUUGCUAUGGGUGCUGUAACUCAUCAGCAGCCUCUUAAUAUUAUUUUUCUGUUUACUCAGAGGGGGAGUUGAUAGUGGAAAAGUGAGAGAAAUGAUGGCACCCGAUGAACACUCAUACUUAACGUCAGACACAUUUCAGAAAAAUGUCCAAUGCAACAGGACGUCUAAGUUCUGACUGCAUGCCUUAAAAAUAUUUAAAGCUUUGCAGCUGACCACGUCGAAAUUUGUAAACAGCAUCAGACGCUAAAAGGGCAAAUCCAAACAGGCAUUUCUUCUUUUCUUUGGGGAGGGGUUUGUUGUUUUCGAAUUAUUGUUUUUCUUUGCAUGGAGCACUUAUUCUUUUGUUAAUAUUAUUAUUGCAAUUUUACACUAGUUAAUAAAAUUGUGAGUGGAGCUGAUCUUAAUAGGCUUAAACACAACAAACCCCAUGUUUACAGGUUCCUGGUAAUCGCCACACAGCGCUGUCAGCUCGCACUGCUCACUGCCUCUUAUCCUGUUGUAUUCCAAACAUUUUCAAGAGAGAUUGGUCAAAUACUAAUAGUAAUAGUAACUCAGGUAACUUCAGUGCCCCGUGUCGGAAUAUCACACCUGUACAUGAUUUUUGUUCCUCUGUGUUUUUUUCACAAAAAAAAAAAAAAAGUUUUAAUCUGGUUACAACCACACCGUUUUCCUUUGUCCCACACAUCCAUUGUAUUAUAUUAAAACGCUGGAUUCGGAGAUAAGAAAAUAAUAAUUCCUUAAGGGAGAGCGACGAAGGGACUCAUUUUAGAUAUAUUUAUUUUUUUCUGACCUGAAAGGAAAUCUGAAAAUCUCAUGCGUUGUGUGCCAUUUCUCAAUGUUGGACCAGUCCAAAAAGCCUCCAGCAGUGCUAUUCAGUACAGAUGAGGGAAACUUCUUUUUUUUUCAAGAAAAAAUAAUAAUAAUGAUAAAAAAAGAUUUUAGAGAAAAUGUUGCCAGGAUUAUUUCCGAUAUGUAAAUAUGUCCAAUAUGUAAACUUGUAUUUGUUCUGAGAUAUCGUUUUGUUUUUGUUUCUUUCCGGGCAGUUUUGUACACUUACUAAUUCCAAGAAGAUAUUUUAAUAUGAUUUCAUUUAUGAAUCUGACCAUUUAUAUAUAUAUAUAUUUAUUUCUUAAACGUGUUUGGAGCUUUUUGUUUAGCUCUGUUAAUGGUUUAUGUUGCAGUGGAUUUCAGUAUGUUUUUUCUUUUUGUUUACUACAUUGGUUGUAUGUUGAUUGCUAAAUGUAGACUGCAAAGUCACAUUUAUAUUUAUGUUAUAGUAAUAUUUUAUUACUUACAUAAAACAUAUAUACAAGAAA